AUGACUAGAUAUGCAGGCAUCGUGUACCACUCCCUGGACCAAGAUAUCCUUCAUUUACCACUUCAAGAGGUCGAUGUGAGAGUAUGGAUGGUCGAUGUCUCUGCAAGGGUCAUGCUGUCUCAAGUCUUCGAGAAUGAGUCAGAGAGCCCUACAAGCCGCGCAAAAUACGUGUUCCCUCUUCCAGCGAGCGCUGCCAUUUGUGCCUUUGAGCUCGAACACGGCGACGGGCGCGUUAUGACUGGUAUUGCAAAGGAGACGUCAGAAGCCGCAAGAGUUUUUCACGGCGCAGUGGAUGUUGGAAUGUCUGCGAGAUCAGUAGAAGUUUUCACUAUUUCAGUUGGUUCCAUUCCCGCCCGGCAGAAGGUUACAGUAAGGUUGACAUUUGUGAUGGAUCUUUUAGAUGAGGCAAGACCGGAUCAUAUCUGUCUACAGCUUCCAAUGACCGUUGCUAAACGAUACGGCGAGACUCCGGCAGACUUUCUCGAUGCAUCCACAGCUAACGGAAGGAUGCGUGUUCAUAUCACUGUUGACGUCCAAACCAGCGAUGUGAUACAGGACAUACGUAGCCCUACCCACCGGAUUUUGCCCGUACGAUACAGGAUACACGCAGCAACAAAGUGUGAACGACGGAUGUCCAUAAAAUGGUCAUCUACGACGUUCCUGGACCAAGACUUCGUGCUGACGGUACACGCUCUCGGACUCGACAAGCCUCGGUGUUUUGCCGAAGUCCAUCCCCAGCGUGCGGAUACAAUUGCCAUGCAGCUCUCUUUCGUACCGAAGUUUGAGAUACCUCGCGUUACAUCGCAAGAAUUCAUAUUUGUUGUUGACUACAGUUCGAGCAUCGAAACAACUAAUCGCACGCUGGAAAUGCUCCUUCACCUCUUGCCAGACUCGGAUACGACAUUCAAUAUCUACAGCGAGAUUGAUGGUAUGUGGGAGACGAGUAUGCCAUUCAACGACAAGAACAUGCAGUAUGCGGUAAUCAUGUUCUGUCACCUUAUGCAGAUCUCGAAUAUUCAAGCCAUGCACAUCAACGAUAACGGAACGGAAUUUGCCCGCGUCCUUCAGCGCGCGGUCGCAUCUCGUGAUCUCAAUCGCCCGACUGUCAUAUUAGUUCUUACUGGUGGCGGCGCACACAUUGGAUCAUCCACAGACCUUGAUCCAUUUGAGGUCAUCUCGGCAGCUGUCGAUAACUGCAGGCCAAACGCACCAUUCAGGCUAUUCACCCUGGAGAUCGGUGAACAUGUCGCAUCGGCCAUGUGCGAGCGCCUCGCUCGCUCGGGCGGGGGUGAAUGUUUGUUUGCAGUUCAAGCUGAAGACAUGAUUAGGAAAUGUGCAAGGCUUCUGAAUGCUGGUCGGACGCGCGUAAUCGAGAGUGUCAUGGUUGACUGGCAUGGUUCGGGCGACCCACCACCCGUCGACUUCUUACUCUCGAAUUACGAUCACUCGCUUCCACCCAGUCACGUACAGCAGGUUCCACAUAGGAUCACGAAGGUAUACCCCGAGACGUGCUUGAAUAUCUUCGCAAUCACCACUUUUCGAUGGAUCCCGUCUGAAGUCAGGUUGCGUGCCAAGGUUGAAGGUUUGGCUGAGGUACUCGAGUUCGUGGUACCAGUCACGGUAGUGAAACAGCCGUUCAAGGAUGAACUCAAGGAUGAAUUUCCGCUCCUCCAUACUUUGGCUGCACGAGAACUCAUCAAGCACCUGGCAGGGGUCAGAACACCAGUUCCAAUAUCUAGGGCACCUACCAUGAACGAGGAAGUUCGAAAAACGGCAAUUGUCCACUUAGGACUUGAAUACCAACUUGCGAGCGAGUAUACAUCCUUUGUUGCCAUAGAGUCGACAACAUCACUUGAAAGGUCUCCGCGGCAGCAUUACUAUGCAUCUCCACCUAGCAUCACGAGCGACGCUGCUGAAGAUGAUGCUUUCAGAAUGGAUGUGACUAUGGUGCAGACGGUUUUGGACAACUUGCCUUGGGCGGUUGAUGCAGUGUUCAGCUUUUUCACCCCAGAUGUCGCUCUGACACACUCGAGACGCCAAAGCUUGAUCUCUCACACGUAUCAUUCCACUGCACAAUCACGUUCGAGCUCACUGUCUAGUCAACACGCACGUCUAUUUCAUCACGAUGACUUGAGCACGGAAACGUUCUCCACAUUGAGUUCAUUGGAAGGCUCUUCUACCAACUCUCGAUGGGCUCAUUCACGGUCGUCCAGCCCACCACGUUCUUCGGAAUACUUAAUCCAGCGCAUCCCGUCGCCAGUAUUCAAUCCAAUCGGUAACGCGCGUCGGAGAGUACGACUGCCGGGACGUGCAGUAAUAUCCGACUCUCCCGUGCCCAAGGAAGUGUUCGAUCUUAUCUUGCUGCAGGGCUAUGACGGCUCAUUCAGGCAGUCACCUCAAUUAGAGAUGAUGGUGGGCUUGGAGAUCCUGGAAAAGGCGGUAGAUUUACGGGUCAAUGAUACUAUAUGGGCGACUGCGGUCGUUGUGGCGUACCUGAGACAUCACCUGGGUGCGCAACCAGAUUUGUUGCAUGUUUUGGUGAGCAAGCCUUUGGAGUAUGUUGAGGGAAAGGGAAGGAGAUUGCUGGCCGGACGAAGAUUUUCGGAUUUGGUGGCGAUUGCGGGACGUUCUGUGGGUCAGUGA